GCGCGCUUCCGCUUCCGCGUCCCCUUCCGGCGCCAGCCAUGCGCGUGGAGCGCUGCUACUUCUGCGCCGGGCCGGUCUACCCGGGCCACGGCGUCUCCUUCGUGCGCAACGACUGCAAGGUGUUCCGGUUCUGCAAGUCCAAAUGCCACAAAAACUUCAAGAAGAAGCGGAACCCCCGGAAGGUCCGGUGGACCAAGGCCUUCCGCAAGGCGGCCGGCAAGGAGCUGACAGUGGACAACUGCUUUGAGUUCGAGAAACGCCGGAACGAGCCCGUGAAGUACCAGCGAGAACUCUGGACGAAGACAGUUGAUGUAAUGAAGAGAGUGGAAGAGAUCAAGCAGAGGCGGCAAGCCAGGUUCAUCAUGAACAGGUUAAAGAAGGGCAAAGAGCUGCAGAAAGCUCAAGACAUCAAGGAAGUCAAACAGAACAUCCAUCUAAUUCGGGCUCCACACGCAGGCAAAGCUAAACAGCUGGAAGAGAAGAUGGUCCAGCAACUAGAAGAAGCAGUAGCCAUGGAGGACUCUGCCUAGAGAGGCUGCCUCCGUCUCCAGAUGGCACCCUGCCUAGAGGGCUUAUCGUCACUCGUGUUUUCUCUUAUUGACUUGGUGGGAAAAUGGCCCUUUUGUCUGAGGCAUGCUUGGUGUGACUUCUCCUUAGGAUACAGGCUCAGUUGGGCCAGGCUCUGCAGCUGUCUUUCGAGGCACCUGUGGGAAUGGCCUGUGUUGCAGACAGUGUGUGCCUUUCGUGUGCCUGUAGCUGAAAUCCACUGAGCUCAAAGGGUUCUCUAAUAAAGAUGUUUGUAGGUGA